UCGCGGGCGGACCAUGGAGCUGAUCAGCGUGCAGCAGCUUGUAAGUGGUGACAGGUAUGAGGGGAAGGUGCGGGCCUUCGAGGUGCUGGCAAGGGGAGCAGCACAGGAGCCCGAGGGCUGGCGGCAUGGUGUGGCUGGGGUCCGGGAUGCCGUCCAGGAGGAGAAGCAGAAGGUGAAGGAAGAUAGGAGGAAGAAGCUUGAGACACUCAACAACUCCCGGGUGCGGCUGGAGAGUCUCCAAGACCUGGAGGCGAUUGUGAGGCUGCGGAAGCAGAAGAGGAGCCGGAAGAGGGUCCGCCCCAAGGAGCCCAAGCCCGAGCCGGCUGUGCUGGCCGAGCCUGUGGACGCUGCCCGGUUCCUGCAGGCAGUGCUGGAGAAUCAGGUUCCCAUGAUUGACAAGUACCUGGCAGAUGGUGGGGACCCCGAUGUUCACGACCAGUUCAGGUGCACUGCGCUGCACUGGGCCUGCCUCCGGGGCCAUGCAGAGAUCGUGGACAAGCUGCUGGCAGCUGGAGCCAAGCUGGAGCCCAGGGAUAUGCUGGAGGCCACGCCUGUGCUCUGGGCCUGCCGCGGGGGGCACCUGGACGUUCUCCAACGCCUGCUGGACAGAGGAGCCAAGGUCUCCACGCGGGACAAGCUGAGGAGCACGGCGCUGCACGUGGCCGUCCGGACGGGGCACUGUGACUGCGCUGAGCACCUGAUCGCCUGUGGGGCUGAGAUUGAUGCACAGGACAAGGAGGGGGACACGCCCAUUCACGACGCCAUCCGGCUGGGCCGCUUCAAGGCUGUUAAGACCCUGCUGAUGUAUGGUGCCAACCUCAGCGUCCGGAACCAGGAGGCCUUGCGACCCGUGGACCUGGUGAAGGACUGGCAGAGGGGCAUCCGGCACACCUUGCAGACGUGUGCCGACCGGCAGCACCCCCCUCGGCCACACUGACGCAGCAGGUCCAGCAUUCAAUCCCCUCCCCAACCAGUGACCACUGGCGGGUCUGGGUGCCACCCUGGUGCCCUCUGCAGGCUGUACUCAUCCCUACACGGCUUUCAUACCUGGCCAGGGGAUUGGGCCACCUGUCCUUUGGGAGGCCUGUGGCGGGUGGGGGUGGUGAGGUUUGACCCUGACACUCACCUAUUCCUGGUUGUAUGGGGAUGUGUCUCUUUCCCUGGGGCUGCCCCUUGGCCAGGUGAGGCCCUGGGGGAAACUGAGGCAUGGAGGGGCUAAGACUUGCCCAUGGCCACACAGCCAGUUAGUGGGAGAGCUGGAGAUGAACCCAGGAGUCCUGCUAUUUCACCCAGCCCCACUCCAAUCACAAGGCACCAUCUCCCCAUGGCCUGCACCACAAGAAGAGGAACUGCUCCAGGGUCUGAGCAGAUCCCCUCCCCCUUCUGGGCCCUGGCCUGGCCCCCUCCCCCUUCUGGGGAGGUGAGCCCUGUGGCCUUCCUGAGGGGGUGCGGGAGGGAACACUGCUCCCCCCUAGGGGCAGGCACCUGCUGCACCCCAGGGUGAUCCUGAGUUCAUGAAGAGGCUGAGCCAGCCCUGGGGUAGAACAUGGUGCAGUGAGAUGGGGCAGCAGGGCUGGGCCCAGACCAGCACAGCUUCCUGGCUGAUGGAGGCAGGCAGCUUGCAUGGCCUGGCCUUGGCUGUCUCAUGGUCAGUCUGUGCCCUGAGCCAACUUCUGGCCAUGGCUGCCCCCUAAGGGUGUGCAGGCCUGCCCCCAGUCCCCUGGAUGGCAAGGCCUGGUGUCUGAGGAGCUCCUGCUGUUGCUCCCCCCAGCCCCUCACCUCUGCCCAUGGCCAAAGAGGCAGCUGCACCCAGCCUCCUGUAGCUGUGAGGGCAGCCCCUGCCUUACCCUUAGCCCCAGCAGCCUGGCUGUGCGUGCCCCCAGCCACGUGUGUCCCCUGGGCUCAGGCCCCACACAGCAGCUAACAGCAGCAGGGUAGGACAUGGCUGACAGCUGGGUGGCUGACAGCUGGGUGCCCCCUCACAGCCUGGCACAGGACAGGCAUGGCCUCCUUUGUUCCCCCAGGAGCGCUGCUGGCCCGGGAGGAGCUGAGCUGGUUGACACCUGUGGGGGAUAUGGAGGCUGGAGCUCAAUGAACAUGAGACCCUCCAGCCAGUUAGCCUGGAGCCAGUCAGCACCCACCAGCAGUACACCGAGUCUGCCCUGACCCCAGCCUGCCCAGCAUGGUCCUGGCUCUUCCCCAAGCCCUAGGGGGAAAGUGCCUAGGCUAAGCAGGAGGUGGUCCUGCUUCUCUGCUGCUGGCCUUGGGUGAGUCCUGGCCCCUGCCUUAGUUUCCCUACGUGUAAAAUGGGGCUAACAAUGAAUGGAGCCAGCUUCUGG